AUGCCGACGUCCGAUUCAUUGGGCUCUAACGGGUCUUCAUAUGGAUCGUCCACACAUUGUGCUUGUAAUGACCCGGGAGAUAAGUUUUUACUUUCCGACAACAAUGGCACGUGUGAGUGUGGCCAACGGAUGCAAGAUACUGCCUCGACCAUAUCAAGCGCAUAUAUGGUUCCUUUGACGAAUCGUCCUCCUUCUGUGGCCAUUGCACAAGCGGUAUUUUCGGCCAGGCACUCUUUGGAAGCGCACUCGCCAGAAAUUCUUCUAUCCCCUUGUGCUUGCAGCCUGCGACCAGACUCAUCGUCUCCUCUCUCUGAUCCCAACCCAGUAGAACACUUGGACGUCCCACCCUACAAGGAAAGCAGUUUACAGCGUGGCGAUAUACUCAACUUGACAACAACUUGCACUUGCUCUGGAGUAUUCACUUCGGUAAAACAGGCGCAUAUCACACUGGACUCUAUGUCUUUCGAAGCUAUUAUUUCUGGCUCCACUGUGAGAGGCCACAGUCUCGUUCCUACCCAAGCUCGAGUGCGGUCGUAUCUUCACCGCGACAGAUUCGCUGAACACCUGGACAACCUGCUACUCGCUGUUGCUAAAGAGCGAGAGGAUGCCGCCGUUCACUCCCAGGAAUCUGUUGGGUAUCAAAACAGUGAAGACGAAAGCGACCAAAGCAGCGAUGAACACGAUAUAUACAGCCAGGAUAUUGCUCACAACGACUCCCAGGGCUCCAUAAAACCGUUUCCAAAGCAAAACCUUAUCAAAAGUACAAAAUGCGCUGUGUUACAGGACUUUCCUUCUGACCUUUUUGGCGACGAGCCCGACACUCGAUCAUCAAGCACUGAAAGUGGUAGAUCGAGCAAUACUGUUGCCGCUGACUGCAUUUCAAUAGCAAACCUACCCCCAAGGUCGACGCAUCCUUCUUUGGUUUUAAGAUGCGACUUCGGUGUGCUCGAACAACAGCGUAAUAUGAUGCUUGGUGCUCGCGAAGGGAUCCAGCAAUAUAAAGAUACAGGGUUGGCUGGCGAACAAAAACAAAGUAAAAGGCAUGCCUCGAUACAGAACUUUUCUAGUUGGCCUUCAGACACUACACUUGAAAAAAGACCACCGAUAAAACGUUUUGUACCCAGCGUUGGUUCGGCGCUAGGAUCUCCAAACCGACGGAGGGAUCCAGACACCCUACGAGUUAAGCGUCGAGCAGAUGAAAUCUCUGACGGACUGUCUAUAGACAUGAAAACCAGGACAUCAACGAAAUGGCCCAAGCUAGACAUGAAUAUGCGUAUAGCAGGAAGCCAGACAGAAUACCUUGCUAUAGAACCUGCGAGUUUGCGAAGAGCCGCAUCACUCCGUUCCCAAAAUUCAUUUUAUAGUGAUGAAGAGGAUGCACAAGCUAACAAGGUCGAUUCAAUCUUCUCAAUUUCCAUUUUCUCGUGA